UGCUCAGCACAACUCCACUCAGCACCUAUUUACUACAUACUUGCGCUGCUUGUGAAAAUCAUCCUUAAUUUUGUUGGCUUUCGAUCCAUAUCUGCUUGAAGGAAAGAUGAAAAUGGAGAUCGAAAUUAUUUCCAAAGAGUGCAUCAAGCCCUCUUCUCCAACACCCCCUAACCUGAAAACCUACAAGCUAUCCCUGUUGGACCAGGUCCAUUCAUCCAUCUAUAUUCCUGUGAUCCUCUUCUAUCCCAUGAACCAAAGCAUAAGCCAUGAUGUUGUUGAUAUUGUCUCUCAAAGAUCACAGCUGUUAAAGCAAUCCCUAUCAGAAACCCUAACUCGCUUUUACCCACUUGCUGGCAAAGUCAAAGAUGAUCUCUCCAUCGAUUGUAAUGACGAGGGGGUUUUAUAUUUAGAAGCUUAUGCAAACUGUCACCUUGUUGACUACCUCAACCAGCCUAAUCUCGCAUCAUUGCAACAAUUUUUACCGCAACAGAUGACUUUUACAGAUCCAGUUGCGGGAGAUUAUGUAGCUAUGACAAAAGUGACCAGCUUUGCAUGCGGCGGUUUUGCCAUUGGUAUCCUUGUUUGCCACAUGGUCGCUGAUGGAACUGCCUUCAGUGCAUUUCUCAAUGGUUGGGCAGCCACUGCUCGUAAGGCCUCUGAAGCUGUAUGUCCUAAUUUUGAUGCCCCAUCAAUUUUCGUGCAAAGCGAUGCAUUCUCUAAAGAAGCAGCUAUGACUACGUUUGCCAAGGCCUACAAAUCAGGCAGGUGUAUUGUAAGGAGAAUUGUGUUUGAUGCCUCAGCCGUUGAGUCACUUAAAGCCAAAGCAACCAGCUCAAGCGUGCAAAACCCAACAAGAGUUGAGGUUGUGUCGGCACUCCUAUGGAAAUGCUUCACGACUGCUUUCAAGGCCACUUCUGGCCUUCAAAAGGCAACCUAUAUGACCCAUUCAGUGAAUUUCCGCAGAAGAGCAGAUCCACAAUUCACAGACUCUUCCAUGGGAAAUUUAUUUUGGGGAGCAGGCGCAUUAUGCAUGCCCGAGGAGAAAGAUUUCCCGUACAUGGUGAGCAAGCUUAGAGAGGCCAUAAUGAAAAUUGAUGCUGAUUUGGUAAAAAGCCUACAAGGUGAUGGAGGGCUUUCCAAAGUUUGUGAGCUUAUGAAAGCAACGACUGAAACACUCACAAGAGUAGAAUCUUCUUAUGGAAUGGAUUUCAUUGCGGUUACCAGUUGGUGUAACUUUGGUAUGUAUGACAUUGAUUUCGGGUGGGGAAAGCCGAUGUGGGUAAGCAGUGUUGGUUCAAGCGGCGAUUCGGAGACAGUGUUCCCGACAUCGAUAAUUCUAAUGGAUACAAAAUCCCGCAAUGGAGUAGAAGCAUGGGUUACGUUAGAAGAAGAAGAUAUGACUAUGCUACUACAAGACAAAGAGCUACUUGCUUUUGUUUCUUUGGAUCCUAGUCCCAUAAAAUAAAAAAUGGUAUUUCUCACCUAUGGCAAUGAAUUAAUAUCAUUGUCCUGUGAUGUCGGCUUGAUCAUGCGGCCGGCCGGCCCUUUUGUUUUGCUUGUUUUUUUUUUCUUCUUAUUUUCUCUUGAUCGAUCAUGGUUAUCAACAAAUAAAUGCAAGAUUUUGUUCAAUGGACCAUAUCGUCCAUAAUAUUUACCUUUUUA